AAGAAGAGCACAAACAAUUAAAAUUCUCCACAUUAACUAACCGCAACUGUUCCCUCCCCCCUGGCGCGCGCCAACCCCCACCCUUCGUGGGCAGGCUCCCUCCUUCUCCAUGUAUAAAUCCCCCCCCUCCCUCCUCCGCCGGAAUCACAACACCGCCAUUAAAGAACUCCCCAACAGCUUCCUCCCAACAGUCCCCCAAUUCCCCAUCCAUCCUUAUAUGAAUCAACCACAAAUAAAAAUCCAAUCUUUUUCAUCCCCAUGGAUUGUCUCACCGAUUGGCCCGAACCAAUCGUCCGCGUCCAAUCCCUUUCCGAGAGCGGCACCCCCACCGUCCCUCCCAGAUACGUCAAGCCGCCCCCCGAUCGCCCCUGCCUCGAAAUCCCCCUGUGUGGCGAUGAUGAUGAUGUCAAUAUCCCCACUGUCGAUCUUGCCGAUCCCUCCGCCGCUUCGGCUGUCUCCACCGCCUGCAAAGAUUGGGGCUUUUUCCAAGCUGUCAACCACGGCGUCCCCACGGAGCUCAUGAGCUCCAUCAUGGAGGCCUGGCGAGAGUUCUUCCACCUUCCCAUGGCGACGAAGCAGACGUAUUCAAACUCCCCGAAGACUUACGAGGGUUACGGCAGCCGGUUAGGGAUAGAGAAAGGCGCCAUUCUUGAUUGGGGAGAUUACUACUUCCUCCAUCUCACCCCAUUGUGUCUCAAGAACCAGGACAAGUGGCCCUCCCUCCCUGUUUCUCUGAGGGGGGCGGUGGAGGAGUACGGGAAGGAGUUGAGGAGGCUGUGUUGGAGAGUGAUGGAGCUUCUGUCGGUGGGAUUAGGGCUGGAUGGAGGGAGAUUGCAGAGAGGAUUUGGGGGAGAAGAUGCAGGGGCUUGUAUCAGAGUGAAUUACUAUCCCACAUGUCCGCAGCCGGAGUUAACCCUAGGGCUUUCGUCGCAUUCCGAUCCGGGAGGGAUCACGCUGCUGCUGCCGGAUGAGAGGGUGAAGGGGUUGCAGGUCAGGCAUGGCGGCCGAUGGGUCACAGUCCGGCCGCUUCCCGGCGGGUUUAUCGUCAACGUCGGCGAUCAGGUUCAGAUUUUGAGCAAUGGAAUAUAUCGGAGCGUGGAGCAUCGGGUGGCGGUUAACUCUUCGGCGGAGCGGUUAUCGAUAGCCUUCUUCUACAACCCGCGUAGUGAUUUAUUAUUGGGGCCAUUGCCGGAACUCGUGAACGAAGAUCAACCUGCAAGGUAUCAGCCUAUGACUUUUGAUCAGUAUCGGCUAUACAUGCGGAAACAAGGGCCCCGUGGCAAGUCCCAUGUCGAGUCCCUGAAGGCCAUCUAAUCCUGUGUUUAUACACGUAACGCAAUAGUCGGAAUUAUUCUAAGUGUUCGGGUGUGUGGGGAGCAUAUAUGUGACAAAUCACAAGUAGACACGUGUUCUUAUCGCUACUGUGACGUGUCCUCUUAUGAUUUGCCAGCCUAUGAUUUAUUCGAUAUAUAUUCUAAGACUAACAAAUUUGCAUCCAAUAAUAAUUUUUUUUUUUUAUGGCGGCUUUUGUCCAUAAGUGAAGUUGCAAAUACAAAUAAGAAAGAGGGUGAAUUUGAAAAAAUGAGGUGACUUUGUGUAGACUAAUGUAUCAUUAUCUAGUCAUUCAUGCACAUCUCCUUGUUUUACAAGCAUUAUUUUUGAAGAGGAGGUCACGACAAAUUGAAUAAAAUAAUGGAGGUUUUUAA